GAAGCAUCUUAUUCCCAAUGUUUUGCGGCCACCUUUCCGCGUGUCCAUUUUUCUUAUUUAUUUUCUAACGAAUCUUUUUUCCCUUAUCUUAUUCUAUUUCCCUAUGAAAAAAUAAAUACCAUGUAAACAUCACUCACUCUUUCUCUACUCUCACUCAAUUUGUUGUAUUGUGUUGUGUUGACGGAAACGGUGGUAGCAGAGUGACACUUUCAUCAUAAUUGUUAUCCUCAUCACUUCAUUGCUCCCACAUUCAACACAAUACUAUUCUGCGUUAUUAUUGCAGAUUAAAUUAAAUACUACUCUAAUACUCAUUGCUUUUCUAUCUAUGGAUUAUUUAUUUAGAUUCCGCCGCAGCUACUGUUGGAUACUUGUAAUAUUCAUCACAGGACAAGUAGAAUUUGGUUGGACCAAUGUGGCGGCGAUCGGGAUCAACUACGGGCAGAUAGCGAACAACCUGCCGUCGCCGGACGAGGUGGUGCCGCUGGUGAAGUCGAUCGGAGCAACAAAGGUGAAGCUCUACGACGCGGACCCUCGCGUGCUGCGCGCGUUCGCGAACACAGGGGUGGAGAUCAUGGUGGGGCUGGGGAACGAGUACAUGUCGAAGAUGCAGGACCCGAAGCAAGCACAGGCAUGGAUCAAGUCCAAUGUCCAGCCUUACCUCCCGGCCACCAAGAUCACCUGCAUCUUCGUUGGAAACGAGGUCCUCACCUUCAACGACACCUCCCUUACUGACAACCUCCUCCCAGCCAUGCAGAGUGUCCACACGGCCCUCCAGAACCUCGGCCUAGACAAACAGGUGACUGUAACGACCACACAUUCCUUGGCAGUUCUGGAAAAAUCCUAUCCACCGUCUGCCGGCGCGUUCCGUUCAGACCUGGAACCGUGUCUGAGUCCAAUCCUGAGCUUCCAAUCCAAAGCGGGAUCGCCAUUCCUGAUAAACGCAUACCCAUACUUUGCGUACAAGGACAACCCAAAGCAAGUACCGCUGGAAUUCGUGUUGUUCCAACCGAACCAGGGCGUUGUGGACUCAUCCACCGGGCUCCACUACGACAACAUGCUGUUCAUGCAGAUCGACGCCGUUUACUCGGCGCUAGCGUCGUUAGGGUACAACAAGCUUCCCGUUCACAUCUCAGAGACGGGGUGGCCUUCCAAGGGGGACCAAGACGAAGCCGGAGCCACACCGGAGAAUGCCAAGAAGUACAACGGUAACCUCAUCAAGUUGGUGGCUCAGAGUACUAAGAAGGGCACGCCAAUGAGGCCCAACUCCGACUUGAAUAUUUAUGUCUUUGCAUUGUUUAAUGAGAAUAUGAAGCCCGGGCCCACCUCAGAGCGGAACUAUGGCCUUUUUAAGCCCGAUGGAACUCCGGCAUAUUCUCUUGGCUUGGCUACCACGGCUUCUCCGUCCUCGUCCAGUGACGGAGUUAGUGGUAACAGCAGUAACAGUGGCGUUAACGGUGGAGCGCCGCCACUUCCUCCUAGCUCUUCCACCGGAUACUUGUCCAUUUCCUCUGCCACCUCACCGGACCAAGAGAGAUACCGUUUCCUAGGAGCAUCAUUAUGGUCGUUGGUGGUGUUGGUGACGGGGGUUUUAAAAUUUUGAGGAUUAUUUUUUAGUGUAUCAACAAAAGGAAGAAAGACACCAUGGUAAUAUGGUAUUGGAGAGAGGAGUAAAGGCGAACGGAAUAAAAAAGAGUAAAGGGAUGUGACUGGAUUCAUUGUCUUUAUGUAUGGCUUACCGGCUUAGGAAGGAAAGCUAGUUGUCCACUUGUCGUCAAAGUUCAAGAGCCUUAUCCCUCCUAUUUGUUGUGUAUUACAUAAUUAGAGAUGAAUAUUAUUUUUGCUAUUCUAUUAUAUCCUACUGAGAUAUUCUUUCAUAAUAUGCACUCUGCUCACAUUGCUAAUUCAAUUGUAGAACGCAACCUCGGAGGCUCAUACGUCCCAAAUAGUAGUUGUGUAAUAAUUGCAUUCA